UUUGUUUAAUUUUAAAAUGAAAGGUUAUGUUUAAUUGCGGGUAGCAAUUUAUAUUUAUUUUUUAAAUAAAAGUGUUCUCGUUGCCAUCUUAAACAUGAACAAAGAAGAUGUCGUCAAAUGUCAUUAUAUUCCUUUAAGUAGUCUGAAACGAGCGCUAAACUUACUAGAAACUCCGAGUAAACCACACGACAAACGCUGUAAAAGAAAUCUUCUUCAGUUGCAAAUGGACAAAAGUUUGUAUGAGACUGAUUUAAGGAGUAAGAAAUGGAGGAAUGCCUUCCAAAUAGCUCUGCGUCGAGCUAUCUACUCUCAUGAUUGGGAUCAACUCGUCUAUCUCUUAAAGAAAUCACCAAUAUGGGAGCAUGCUUCUAAUAGAAGUGAUGAACUGCCACUUUAUAUCAGGGCUUUAACAAUACUUCUAAUGAAUCAUCCAAGUGCUAAGUCACAGGAAUUAUUAAACGACUACUUGCACAUGGUUCACUCCUGUCGAUCUGAUCAAGAUAAAAAAGCUGUCAUCAAAUCGCUGCUCACUCUACCAUACAAGAUCUAUGGUCGAUAGUAUUUAAAAUUUAAGUUACAUGAAAAUUUUUAUUUCAUAAUAUUUUGACAGGCAUUCACCUACUUAUAGGUAUGAUGUCAGGCAUAUACACAAUUAUGUGCUAUAGCUGUGGCUUAACUAUGUUAAU